CUCCGCGGUCGCCGGCCGCCCAGCCGGGAGGGGUGCGCAGAGGGAGGCGGGGCGAGAAAGCAGAGGUGUCUCCUCUACCCGAGCGGCGGGAGACCUGAGCAAGAUCUGUGACAGCUCGUCGGCCGCCAUGUCAGCGAGUAGGGCUGCAGACAGCCCCGGAGCCCAGCGGUAGCCCUCCUUUCGUCUGCAGUUCCCAGACAUGGAAGGACUUCAAUGAAACGUAAACGAUUCAACAGAAGAUGCCCCAAUGGAUGACUGCGAGACGCCUGCAUAUAAUCUUCAGGUAGAACCACAAGAUGGCUGUCGUCCUGGGGACAGUGUGGAAAGUGCGGUGACACGCUUGCCUUCUGCAUCAGACGAGAAUGAAAACCAGCUUGGCAGGGACGGGCACGAGUGUCUGACCGGCAGUGACAGCACGAUGGGCAGACCCGAAGUGACUGAGCAGGACAGUCUCAACAAUAACGACAGCUGCACCCCAAGCUGUGAGGUGGCUGCGAGGGAGAGCUCGGAGAACACUCCCCGGGAGGGCCCCAGCGACGGGCAGGACUGGCUGGAGAAGGACAAGAAAAUACCUGGAAGGAGAAGUUCAAGAAGCAAAGGAGGCACUGCUAAGAAGAUAAUACCCCCAGGACUGGCUUCAGGAGAUGCCACGCCUCUCACGCAAGAAAACGUGCUGCGUGCAGUCACACGCGCUCUCAGUGAUGCAGAGUCCGCGGAAGGACACGCCGCCGACCCGCCGGCAGCCGCGAAGCUGGCGCUGCGACCCCUGUUCUCACUCCUGCGCGGUGAAGCGGAGCAGCUGGACUCGGAGCAGCUGGACUCGCGCGCACUCCCGCUCUGCCUGCAUCAGAUGGCUGAGUCCUAUUUCCAGGAGGAGGACUAUGAAAAAGCGAUGAAAUUCAUACAGCUCGAACGUCUGUAUCAUGAGCAGUUGCUGGCAAAUCUCUCUGCCAUUCAAGAACAAUGGGAAACAAAAUGGAGAACUGCACAACCACAUACACUCACGUCUGCAAGGAAUUCAGACAAGGGAUUUAACGGCGACGAUUUUGAACGGCUUACUCAACUCUGCACAACACAUCAGGAUCCUCUUUCAUCCAAACAUAAGAUAGCAGCCGCAGAAAAGUCCCUGGGAAGGAAAUGCAUCACGCAGUUAAUCGCAUGUGAAGACCCAGAGGAGCACGGGGCCGCAGCCAGAGAGCCGGAAAGUGAAACUCGCCCUGGCAUGGACCCAAGUGCAGAAAGCCAGCCCGAAGGAGGGGCCCCGGAGAGCAGUCCCUGCGGCAGUCACAGGGCCAGGCCGGCAGCUCCCCUGGGCCUUCCCGUAACUGCAGGGAGGGACCACACAGCGGAGCAGCCACUCGGCUGCGCGGAGGGGGCCACCGGGCAGCUCCACGCCCAGUCCCAGGAGACAGCUGGGGGCCGCUGCAGGCCACACUCCUCAAAGAACGCCUGUGAGGGUGACAGAAGCGUGCCGCCGCCGCCGGCUCAGACAGACACCUGCCAAGACGUGGCCGAAACAGAGGGCCCUGCGGAAGACCCUCAGGUGGUCCUUCCCGGAGAGUCGGGGACAGAGCCAUUGAUCUCUCCGGGCUCUGACCACACUCCUCCUGCAUUGUGUCCUGAGGGUAAACAUUCACAGACUCAAAGAAAGGAGCUCCAUCUGCCACUCCGAGAGGCUGCUUGUGAGGCGUGGCCCUCAGACCGGCCCCAGCACAAUGAACUGAACGAGCCGCAGCCACCCGAUCGCAGGGGCAGGGAUGGAAAAUCACCGCAGGGGCCGGCCAGCUCGGAGGGCUCUGACUGUGUGCCUUGUGGGAAUGCCGGCGGGUCUGACUUAAGUGCGGGGCCUCCAGAGGCGUGUAUGGCCCCAGAGGGGCCGGGAGAGCAGGGCGACCAAGUCAGUAAAGAAACAGAGGACUACCUAAACAGCCUUUUAGAAGGAUGCUUAAAAGAUGCUGACGAUUCCCUUCCGUACGAAGAGGAGGAUUCUGACCCCCUGCAAGACCUCUCCCCUGAGGAAGCGUCCUACAGUCUGCAGGAGCCCCUGCCCACCGACGAGGGCUGCCUUUCUCUCGAUGAUCUUGCAAAAAGGAUAGAGAUCGCAGAGGUGGCUCCUGCUGAGGGACUGGUCUCUAUCUUAAAGAAGAGGAACAGUCCCGCGGGAGACCAGCCUGCCCAGAUGCAGCAGAAACCAUCCAAGCGGCGAGUGAGGUUCCAGGAAAUAGACGACCACCUCGACCAAGAACAGCAGUGGAAGCAUGCAGAGGUGCUUUCUCAGUACGACGCGGAGCAACGGAGGUUUCUGAGUGUUUACAACGGCAAAGCUGAUGAGGUUGGAGGGGGCUCCUGCAUUCUGCUGAUCCUGCUGUGCAUAGCCACGGUGUUCCUCAGCGUCGGCGGCACCGCGCUGUACUGCGCCUUCGGCGACAUGGAGUCGCCCGUGUGCACGGACUUCGCGGACAACGUGGACUUCUACUACACGAAGCUCCUGCAGGGAAUGGCAGGGCUGAAACACUGGGUCUACCUCUCCUAGCAGCGUUCAAGCGGGACCGGCGCGCUGGCAGUGAGAGUCACGGAGCGGAACUUUCUCAACAGCUUUUAUUUCAGGAGUUGUGUGAUGUGCGUGUCCUGCCCCCCCACGCCCCGGUGAGGAACCGUGGACAUCGGAAACGGCAUCUUACAGUGGCCUGUGCGGAGGGACUCUCAGAAUCCCCCACGCGGUGCAGCGGAGGUCCGGCUGAGCGCUGCGGACGGGCGGAGGAGUGAUCCUCGGAGAGCCGUCCCUCUCCUCCUCCUCCCCCCCGCCCCCCCCUCCUCCUCCUCCUCCUCGCCGCUUGCUCGAGUGAUGAGCUGCGCCCAGCACACCCCGGCAGGGCGGUGUUGGAACCUCACCGUCUUUAGCUUGCUUUUCAAGCUGACGGUCAGAGGACACUCUUGGUUUACAUCGGUCCGAACACAUGGCUUCCAGCCGUCACGCAAUAAGUUUGUGUAUGAUCCAAAGGAGUCACCUAUGGUUUCGAUGUCUUUUUUUAGUUAACCUCGGGAGCGAUGUAAUUUAGGCUUGGUGCAUUACUUCCAGAUUCCGUUCUCCAUUUGUGGAAUAGCCGUGCGCGUGUGUGUGUGUGUGUGUGUGCAUGCGUGUGCGUUUCAGACACUCACGAGCAAAUACCCAACACGACAGAACAAAAAUUAUCUUCAUUCUUUCAACGUGACUGCAGACGUGCAGGCACAAAUCCUUAAAGAUGGUUUAACUGUGGAACAAAUGAGGUGUAGAAAUCCUGGCCGUGAAAUGAGAAACUGACAGAGCUAUGACAGCGAACUUGGUGGACUAGCCAGAAAGGAAUCACUGUAGGGAAAACUAAAGAGCUCCCUCUGCGUCUCCGGCAACCAUUUCUUCCACGGACUCGGUGCUUCCUGGACUAUAAUGGUUGCUGGACUCAAUUCAGAGCGAACACUUAUUGAGCACCUGUUGUGUUCUCAGAAGCUAAGAACUAAAAUACAAAGAUAAUUAGUAAGAGUUAGUUCCUGCUCUGGAUGUUUAAUUAUGGCCUUAUGCUAAAAAAAAAAAAUACUUUUGGCAAAUGAAAUGAGAUCGCCAUAUGUAGUUCAGUAUUGACAGGUCCUGCGGUCGGGUGUUUGAAUGCGCAUUCGUAUCCUGGGCCUGACUGAGACCUCUGCUGGGGUCUCGGUGAAAAUCCAGUCAUGUCUUCAGCAAGCAAAUGUCUGAUGAAAUGUUGUUAGAAUCUGUCAGUUCGGUGGCAUCUCCUUUUCUACGGUCUAGCAGCUAGGAAGCCGUGGCUUGGCUUUUCUGUGUCAUCCGCAGCAUUUUAAAAUGAAACAAAACACAUGAAUUAUAGUUUUCUAGCACAUGAUCAGUAUCUCAUGUUUUUCUGUCAGAAUCAUUUGAAAAAAAAAAGGGAGAAAUUACUUUCUAGUUGUUACUGGCUGGUACAGUACCUCCCAUUGUGUUUGUGCUUAUUUAUUUAGAUUACAUGAGUUUUAAAGGGCUUUCUCUCUCUCUGUGUUGAAGGUGUGUUGCCGAGCAUGCAUUUGGUUACCCCCGUGUAGAUAUUUAAUUACUGUGUACUUUGCAUUUUGAUUCUCUAUCAAUUCAGGUCCCCAUGUGUUUAGGCUUGUUUAUUUUUAAACUGCUGUUAUAUUUUCACUUAUCAUACUAUUUGAUUUGUCUCAUGUCACCGUAAACUAAUAUUUUCCAGGACUAUAGAUCAAAGAUAUUUAUUUAGGAGUGUACAAGAUGCUGAAAUUUAGAUUCCUUAUACUUAAGGCUGAUUUUAUUAGAAGAUUAUUUUAAUGUUCUAUUAUAAAUUUUAAGGAUUUGUACUCAAAGUGUAUGUAAAAUAUGUAAAUGCCGACGGUACUGUCUUCCGUGGUUCUGUAGAAGACAUUUCGCCACGUCUGCCGGGAGGGUGUCACGGACAAACCUCUCUGUCUCACCCUCUGAUUUCCAGUCAUGGGAAUUCGGUGAGCCUGAUUCCCGCCACUUGUACGUCAAGGUAAAUCAAAACUCCCCUCCUGUUCACCCCCUUUUAGGUCACUGUCAAAGUCCCCAGUACACUGUAGUGUCCUGUUUGCCCAGAGGCCACCAGAGCCAGCACUUCUGACACCGAGGGUUUCCCUGGACACUGAGCUGGAGGGAUGGAGGGACUGCCUUGGGCCUCGGGGCCGAGCUGAGUCUCAGAAGAACCUCGAGUGACCUCACCACUUCCCAGGGAGGGCGAGGUGAGUGUGGGAGCACGUGGAAGUCUUGACUUACCCUAGGCAUGAAGACCCCAGCUCGAAAAACAAGGUCGCCAUCUCGAGAACGUAAGAGUCACUUGCUGCGUGAAUUGGAGCGAUUCCAUCUGGCGAUGGAAGAACGGUUAUCUCGCACAUUAAAAGCCCACCCAGCUUCACUAGGAUGUGAUUUUUCCUGCCCUGUGGAAGUUCUGACAACUGUUUGUAACCAGUCUUCCCUAAGAACUGUAUUUGAGGCUAACAGGUCAAGCGUGCAGUUGACGGUCAACACCAGCAAAGUGUCUCAGAGAGUUUGUUUGAGUCCUUGGGUGCUGAGAAGAAGUGCUUUAAAGUGAGAGGCAGAUACGUUCAGAAGUUGGCCUGGCCCCACAAGCAGACAGCCGUCUGCUUUGGGAAGCCAAGUACGUCCCUAGCAAAGGCUCCCCUGCUUCUGGGACACCUCCCCUGUCUGCCUGACGUAAUAACUGGAAUUUGCUCUAAAAAUUCAUCCCUUCAGAUUUAAAAAUCAGAACCCCCUGGGAGGUUUACUUUGUUAGGCAGUGAAUUUGUGUAUUAUGCUGAGAGGACCCGAAAUCUGAAGAUAGGCCUUAUCUUGGAAGGACAGACUUGGAUUGGGUCUCACAGGAGGCUGGGGGUGGGUGUGGCCAGUAACGCUCUGGGAACAUCCCCUGGGAAUAAAAUAUCUCCCUGGGAAUAAAAUAUCCCCCUGGGAAUAAAAUAGAUUUAGACCUUUACCUCACACAACACCUAAAAAUUAACUUGAAAAAAUGAAGCUAAUGUAAAGCUGAAAUUUCUAAGAGAAAACAGGAGAAAAUGUUUGCAACCUACGGGUAAGCAAAGAUAACUUAUAAUACAAAAUACACGAACCAUAAAGGAAAAGAAAUUGAUAAACUGGACUUUAGAAACUUGUGUUCUUUGAAAAACAGGUUAGGAAAACCAGUGAGUAAGCUGAAGAUUAGAAAAAUUAUUCAUAUGAUAUGCUUAACAAAUAAAUGUAUGUAUAUAUGUGUAUAUACAUGCAUACAUAUAUGUGAUUCUCCUUGACUUGUGAUGGGUUUACAUUGCAGGAAACCCACCAUAUGUUGAAAACAUCGUAAGUUGAAAAUGCAUUUGAUACUACUUGGGAGUAUCAUAGGGUACAUAGCUAGCCCCAAAAUGGAUCAAAUCCAAAGUCUAAACUACAGUUUCUCCUGAAUGUGUAUCACUUCCGCACUAUCAUGCAGUCAAAAAAAUUAGAAGUCGAACUAUCGUACGUCAGGGACCAUCUCCAUGGUCCCAAAGAAUUAUACCAAAGAAUUAUAAGAAAGCUACCAAAGUUAAUACAUGAAUUCAGCAAAUUUGUAGGGUACAAGAUCAACACACAAAAAUCAGUUGUUUCUGAACAGCAACUAACAUUCUGGAAAGGAAAUUAGGAAGGCAGUUUCAUUUGCAAUAGUACCCAAAAGAAUAAAAUACCCAGGAAUAAAUUUCACAAAGGAGAAGACGUGUACCCUGAAAACUGCAAAACAUUGCUGAAAGAAAUUAGAGAUAUCUGAGGAAAUGGAAAACCAUCCUGUGUUCAUGGGUAGGGAGACAAUACAGGGGGUGGCAAAAGUAGGUUUACAGUUGUGAGUAUGCAAAACAGUUUAUUCUUAUAUUAUUAUUUAUUAAUUGUUGCAUUAUUUCUCCAUAUAAACAACUGCAAACCUACUGUUGUCCUACCUUUGACUGUUAAAGUGUCAGUCCUCCCCAAAGAGAUCUGUUCAAGCAGCCCCUAUCAAAAUUUCAAUAGCCCUUUUUUUUUGCAGAAAUGGAAAAACUGGUUAUUAAAUUUAUAUAGCAUUGCAAGGGGACCUAAGUAGCCAAAGGAGUCUUGAGAAAAGAGAGACAGAAUUGGGGGACUCACAUUUCUCAAUAUCAGAACUUAACUACAAAUCUACAGUAGUCAAAACCAUGAUACUAGCGUAAAGACAGAUAGACCAAUGGAAUAGAAUUACGAGUCCACAAUGAAGCCCAUACGUGGUUGGCUAUCCGGUCUUUGAUGUGGGUGUCAGGUAUAUUCCAUGGGGAAAGAAUACUCUGUUAAAGAAAGAGUUCGUGGACAACUGGAUUUCCCGGUGCAAAAGAAUGAAAUUGAACCCCUGCCUCACACCUUACACUAAAGUUAAUGCAAAAUGGGUGGGUUGAAGACCUAAGUAUUCACUAAAUCCAUAAAGCUCUUAGAAGAAAACAUAAGAGUAAGUCUUCAUGACUAUGAACUUGGCAAUGAAUUCUUAGAUAGGACACCAGAAACACAAGCAGCAAAAGAGCUUACAGAUACAUUGGACUUUAUCAAAAUUUUAAAAAAUUUAUGGAUCAAAGGAAACUAUCAAGAAAAUAAAAAGACAACUCACAGAAUGGGAGAAAAUAUUUUCAAAUUAAACAUCUGAUAAGGGAUUAGUAUCCAGAAUAUACAAAGAUCUAGAACUCAACAAAAAGAUCCCAAUGCAAAAAAAUGUGCCAACGACUUAGGUAUACAUUUCUCCAAAGAAGAUGCCCAAAGUUUUGAAAAUCAGUAUGAUGGUGUUAGUUACACAACAUUGUGAAUGUACUUAAUACCACUAAAUUGUAUACUUAACAAUGGUUGCCCUGACUGGUGUGGCUCAGUUGGUCGAACAUCCCACAAAGCGAAAGGUUGCUGGUUCGAUUCCUGGUCAGGGCACAUGCCUGGGCUGGGGGUUCGGUCCCCGAACAGCAUGCGUAUGAAAGGCAACAAAUACACGUUUCUUUCUCACAUCGAUGUUUCUCUCCCUCUCUUCCUCCCUUCUCUCUCUAAAAACAAGUAAGUAAAAUCUUUUUUUAAUGGUUAAAAUGGUAACUUUUAUGUCACACAUAUUUUAUCACAUAAGUGUGCACGUAGGCAAAACCACCGACACUACCAAGUGCUGGUGAAGAUGUGGAGCAACGAAACUCAUGCACACCCAGUGAGAGUGUGAGAUGGUGCAAGCGCUCUGGAGAACAGCUUGGCAGUUUCCUAGAAAUUUAAAUUCGCAUCUACUGCAUGACCCAGAAACUCCACACCUAGCUUUAUCCAUAAUAGUAAAAAAAAAAAAAAAAAAAGGAAACACCCGACUCCCCUCAUUAUUUGAAUAAAUGUUUAUUCAAUAAAAAAGAACAAACUGUGGAUACACAAGUGACAUGAAUUAAUCAUUCUGUGUAAGAGAAACCAGAAACAAAAGGGUACAUAUUGUAUGUUUCCAUUUUUUAUAAAAUGUUAGAAAAGACCAACUCAUUCAUGGUGACUGAAACAGGCCAGUGAUCCCCUGAGGGGCAAAGGUCGGCGGGAGGACGGUCACGGGCACCUUUUGGGGUGGACAGAAAUGGACCUCGAUUGCCGUUGUCAUGUCAUGGGAAAUACAUUUUCAAAAUGCGUUGAGCUGUGCACUUUAUUUAGACGCAGUUGUGUACAGAAAUUAUACCUCAAUAAAAUUGUUAUUUUAAAAAAGA